GGUUUCUGUAUCGUAUAUAAGUCUCGCCUCACUUGUGCGGGUUAGGGUUUUGGUUGAGCGACUGCAGAAGAAUUCCAAACUCAUCCAAGCUCUCGUGCAAAUCCCCCCGAGAAAAAAUGCCAAAGCAGAUACAUGAGAUAAAGGAUUUCCUUCUCACAGCAAGAAGGAAAGAUGCACGGUCCGUGAAGAUCAAAAGGAGUAAGGAUGUGGUCAAAUUCAAGGUCAGAUGCUCCAAAUAUCUGUACACCCUUUGUGUGUUUGACUCGGAGAAGGCUGACAAAUUGAAACAGUCUCUUCCUCCAGGUUUGAGCGUGCAAGACCUUUGAGGAUAAAGGUGUAGAAUUUGCAAUUUGCAAGAGCAUGUUUGUUGGUUGGCGAUGAUAUUUUUUGCUUUAGAGAGUUUCUAUUUUUUUUGUUACUGCGAUGAUAUAAAUUCUUGAUUUUUAUACUCUUUUUUUAUGUUCGAAGAAGGUUUUAUGGA